GGCUACGCAGUCCGCCCUGUGCUGCUGGAAGGGGCGUUCUGGGCACGGGGGGAGCGGUCGAGGGCUGGAGACCCUAAAGGCGCCUCCUAUGGCCAGAGGGGACCCUCCGGCGGGAGCCACCUCUCGGGGGCGCAUCAUCCUGCCCCCCACUGUAAGAGGAAAGCUCCAUAAUGGAGCUUAGGAAUUAGGAGUCUCGAGUGAGUAAGGCCGGGUUACAGCCACUCGGGAGCCGGUCCCACCAGUCUGUCCCGGGGAGAAGCUGGCCUGGGUCUAGGGGGCGGACAGGGCGCCUGCGUUCCUACCUACGCAGGCCGGCCCCAUCCGGGGGAUGCAGCGGCGGGUGUUUAGACCGAAGGACUAGGCAAAAGCCAGAAACGGAGGGUUGGGGAGAGGGCCUUGGAGCCCUGCUGGGGACAGAGUCGCACCGCUUGGAGUUCCCAGCCUGGCCUUCACCCGGCAUCUUGUUGGGCCAGCAGCGUCAGGCCGGUUUAUUUAAGCAACCGUAACGUCCGCCCGCACACACCCUGCCCCAGUCCACUCCUGCCUCCCGCUGGGACUGGAGGGUGGGCGCUUUCCUGCUUCAGCUUCUCGCUCUUGUGUAAUCCCACAAGCAAGGGGUUUCUAAACUGAGCAGCAGGUGCCUGGCUGAUGCCCAGUCCCCGCCAGAAGCCAAGCCUGGUGGGCCGUCAGCCAACCACCGCACGCCACGGACCGCCCUGGAGCCCCUGUCCGAGCGCCGUCAGCCCCGCCCAGGGUCUGCAGGACGGAACCCGCCCUGCGCUCCACACCUGAGGCCGCUCGCUUCGCCUCUUCUCUUCCCCAGGUGCUGUCCUUAGUCCCAGCCCAGUCAAGAGCUACUGGGGCUGGCUAGUCAUGGGGGAGCCCAGUAGAGAGGAGUAUAAAAUUCAGUCCUUUGAUGCAGAGACGCAGCAGCUGCUGAAGACAGCACUCAAAGCCCCGUCUCUUGAAUGCACAGCUGCGUGCUUUGAGACAGGUGGAGAAUAUUCCUUUUGCCAGAGGAGCUAUAGUAAUUGCCCUCGCCUGAUGCCUUCCCGCUGUAACACGCAGGACAGAAAUCCGGGUGCUGUGGACUUGGAGAAAGUGGCCAAUGUCAUUGUGGACCAUUCUCUGCAGGACUGUGUGUUCAGCAAGGAAGCAGGACGCAUGUGCUACGCCAUCAUUCAGGCAGAGAGUAAACAAGCAGGCCAGAGUGUCUUCCGGCGUGGACUCCUCAACCGGCUGCAGCAGGAGUACCAGGCUCGGGAGCAGCUGCGAGCACGCUCCCUGCAGGGCUGGGUCUGCUAUGUCACCUUUAUCUGCAACAUCUUUGACUACCUGAGGGUGAACAACAUGCCCAUGAUGGCCCUGGUGAACCCUGUCUAUGACUGCCUCUUCCGACUGGCCCAGCCAGACAGUUUGAGCAAGGAGGAGGAGGUGGACUGUUUGGUGCUACAGCUGCACCGGGUCGGGGAGCAGCUGGAGAAAAUGAAUGGGCAGCGCAUGGAUGAGCUCUUUGUGCUGAUCCGGGAUGGCUUCCUGCUCCCAACUGGCCUCAGCUCCCUGGCCCAGCUGCUGCUGCUGGAGAUCAUUGAGUUCCGGGCGGCCGGCUGGAAGACGACGCCAGCUGCUCACAAGUAUUAUUACAGCGAAGUCUCCGACUAGGCCUCUAGAUCAGGGCUUCCUUGCCAGCACUGGCCUUUCUUCUACACACCUCUGAAACUGGCAGUGGAGUCUCUGCCUCACCCAAAGACUUUUCCCUUCCAGACUUUGAGUGUCUUCCCUUCUAGACUUUCCCAUCUCCUGGUGAGAUGUUUCCCACUUAUGCCAUGGUCCUGCCCUGAGCCCCUUUCCCCACCACCUUCCCACCAGGGCCAGGCAGAGAAGAGCAACUCCUAAGAGCCACUGCACUAUGUAACCGUUAGUGCAACUACUACCUUGGUGCCUCAGUUUACCCAUCUGUAAAAUGGGUAAGCAUAGCCAUUGGGAUGCUUUGGGAUGUCAACGGGCGGAGGCAGAGCACAAGUCAUACCAGAAACUGCUUUUUAUACAUUUUGUACAAGGACAACUCUGGAAGCAAGCCUAUUUCCUCCAGCCAGUUUCAAUGAAUGCUGCACCACAUGCUACACCAGUUCAGCGUGAGAAUUUUCUAAUAAAUCUUUUCUAAUACUAAAA